AUUCAUAUCAAAUUUGUUUAGGCGUAGUUAGCGCCCAGAUAUUUGCAAUAUUUCCGAAUUAAGGUUGUGUCGAGUGUCAAUAAUUUGUAUGAGAAAAAGUGGAAAAUCAUUUAAUUCAGUUGUUGCUGUUGCCUACCUGCAAUGAAGUCGACGCAGUCUGUUGGCAAUGCCAGCAAAUUAUUCGAGCCCAUCGAAUAUGUCACAAUUAGCGAUGAUUCUGACGGCGAGCCAUCGCCGAAACGAACUACGGCAGCACCAACGGCAGCAGCACCUUCUGGCAGGGAAGCGAAAACCAAAUUCGAUGACGACUCCAAUGACGCGCCGGCAACUAGCGAUGAGCGACGCACAAGCAGACGCAAUAAGCCCAAGGUGGACUACACUAACAAGCAAAGUGCUGCCGGGGCCACUGAUAAUGGAUCCAGUGAAAAAUCCACCUCUAACUCAUCUGCACCCAGUUCCAGCGGCGUGGCGGAUAAACGAAAUCAUCAUUCGCAUGGCGAGCAUCGCACCCGCAAGUCGGAGGCUGCUCAUCAUCAGACCACCUCCACUCGCAGUUCUAUGCAAAAGGAUACGACGGCGGCAGCUGCAACAGCAACGCUCGCGUCCAAUUCAGCAGCGGCGCCCACGGCCAAUGGCGAUUCUCGUGAGGUGAACACGCCCACCCCACUGUCCGGCCAGGAGGGUGCCGUAUUUCAAUCGCGGUUACCCUUCAGUAAAAUGACACCCAACGAGGAGGCCUGCUUUCCCGAUAUAAGUCGCUCAGGCAUCCUGGGACACCGUGUCUUUCUAAACAUACGAAAUAGUUUGCUACAUAUGUGGGUGGACAAUCCAAAGCUACAGCUUACCUACGAGAAUGCGCUCAAAAAUCUAUCGCCGCCGUUCGACAGCGAACCGAAUCUGGUGCGACGCGUGCACUCGUUUCUGGAGCGUCACGGCUUCAUAAACUUCGGCAUAUUUAAGCGUCUGCGCGCCAUACCCACAAAAAAGUUGGGCAAGGUGAUAGUCAUUGGUGCCGGCAUUUCUGGUCUGGCUGUGGCCCAGCAACUGCAGCAAUUCGGAAUGGAUGUGAUUGUGUUGGAGGCACGCGAACGUGUCGGCGGUCGAAUUGCCACCUUCCGCAAAAACAGCUACAUUGCUGAUUUGGGUGCUAUGGUCGUUACCGGUGUCUAUGGCAAUCCUAUGACCAUCCUGAGCAAGCAAAUUGGUAUGGAUCUGGUGCCCAUACAACAAACGUGUCCCCUCUACGGUCCUGAUGGUAAGCCGGUGCCGAAGGAGAAGGAUGAUGUGAUAGAGCGCGAAUUCAACCGACUGUUAGAGUCGGCCAGCUAUCUAUCGCAUCGCCUGGACUUUAACUAUGCUGGCAAUUGUCCUGUAUCGCUGGGCGACGCCCUGGAAUGGAUCAUCAAUAUGCAAGACAAGGCUGUGCAGGAGAAACGCGCCCUCCAUAUGAACGAUAUAAUUGUGGCGCAAUCGAAAAUCAUUGAACAUCGCAAGCGUCUUAAGCUGAUCAAGGAUAAAAUUUCUGCUUUGAAGCAGGACUACAACACACAGGUCCGCCAACGCUUGCCCAAGAACGCAGACAGUGACAUGACCUAUGCGCGCCAAGAAUACAAUAUACGCAAUACACAAAUCAAGCUGGAGAACAUCAUAAAGGUGUACGAGGAAAUGCGCAGUCAGGGCCACAAGCUGGAGAGCAAACUGCACGAAUUGGAACAAAAUGGACCCAGUGAUGUGUACUUGUCCUCUCGAGAUCGACUCAUCCUGGACUGGCAUUUUGCCAACCUUGAAUUCGCCAAUGCUACGCGUUUGAACAAUUUAUCGCUUAAGCAUUGGGACCAAGAUGACGAUUUCGAGUUCAUUGGCCACCACACAACAGUCCGAAAUGGUUACUCCUGCGUGCCGGUAGCGCUUACCGAAAAUCUGGACAUACGCGUGAAUAGCGCUGUCAAAGAGAUUAAGUACAACAACAAGGGCGUCGAAAUUGUAGCCGAAAAUGUCAAGACAUACAAUUCAUUGAUGACCUACAAAGCGGAUUUGGUUGUUUGCACGUUGACGCUGGGCGUGCUCAAGGUGGCUGUGGCCCACGAGGAAUCGCAGCAAGGCAAUACAGUGAAGUUCGACCCACCGCUACCAGACUGGAAGCAACAAGCCAUACGUCGCCUGGGUUUUGGCAAUUUAAACAAAGUGGUGCUCUGUUUUGAUCGCAUUUUUUGGGAUCCCAAUGCCAAUCUUUUCGGUCAUGUAGGCAGUACAACCUCUAGUCGCGGUGAAAUGUUUCUUUUUUGGAGCAUAAGUUCUUCGCCGGUCCUGUUGGCGCUCGUUGCCGGCAUGGCUGCUAAUAUAGUAGAGAGUGUAACAGACGAUAUCAUAAUCGGACGCUGUAUGUCGGUGCUGAAGAACAUUUUUGGCAAUGCAGCUGUUCCCCAACCAAAGGAAACUGUUGUCACCCGCUGGCGGAGCGAUCAAUGGGCCAGGGGCUCUUAUAGUUAUGUAUCCGUUGGUUCCUCUGGCAGUGACUACGAUUUACUGGCCGCUCCCGUAAUUCCACCCACCUCUAUUGAACCACACCCAACCAAAGAUUCCGAAGAACUGCCCCGUCUGUUCUUCGCCGGCGAACACACUAUCCGCAACUAUCCGGCCACUGUGCAUGGCGCCUAUUUAAGUGGACUGCGUGAGGCUGGACGGAUUGCUGACUACUAUUUGGGCUAUCCGGAAGGCACUCCUUCUGACAUUGGCUAUUCUGUGGUCGAUGCAGCCAAUUCUGUGUGCGUGGGAAACGUUGUAAAGCUGCGCGACCUUUCGCCACAUCUCUCCGAUUCGCCAUCGUCAAAGAAGUCAGAGGAGAAUUCAAAUACUGCCGAUUCCGUAGAGAUGGAGUAGAUUUAUCUAACCUUACCUUACUUUAAUUCAAACACUUAGAUCAAUUCUUAUAGUCAACAAUCAGAGUUCCAUUGUGCAUACUCCCCAAUUACGUUUUAUUAACAUUUCAUUGAAUUCCCUAUGAAACAAAACUAAUUCAAUUAGGCACUAGACUUAAGCAAUUGUAAAUACCCAAGACUAUGGCCAGAGAUAAUUCAGGAAUCUCGGCUAAUCCCUAUUUAUAUUAAUUCGUAAUAGUUUAGCUAAGUCUCAAUAAUUGCACAAAGUAUGUAAUAAUAUUAAGAGUCGUUUUAUCCAAUGAUAAUUGACCCUAAGCUGCACAUAAACUGAAAGAUCUUGCAAUUCUCUAUGCGGGCUUAUUAUACGAGAAAACGACUCUACCGAUUGUAAAGCCAUCAACCAAUUGUAAUUGUAAGCGGCAGUGAACCAUCUGAGCUAACAUUGUCAGUGCCAAGUCUGCUGAGCACAGUGAUUGCUGCCAUCUGAAUUUGUGAAAAUUUAUUAUGUGUUUAAGACAAUAAACAAUACGAUUAUGUAAACGCAGAAAUGCCGCAGAAAUAAACACAAUUGCAAACAUU